GCCAGUUUCUCUAAAAACGUCGCGACGUUACGUCUGCUACAUCAGACGGCGAUGCCGCAGUCCGUUCACUCCAACGCGUACCUGGCAGCAAUAGGGAAAUUUACUUUUAAAAUUUCUUUCGAAUACUAAUGUUUCAAACUAGCUUAUUUUCAAGAUAAAACAUCCUAGAAACCAAAAUAGAAUGGAUUUAUUUGAAUUUAUCGAAGCCGCGUCUGGAUUAGACUUUAAAUUCUAACGAUGUUUGAUAAUGAAACAAUUUUCCUCGGUGUCUGAUCCUGCUUUGUCUUUGAAUAACAAUUUAGAAAUCAAUGAUAUCGUCUCAAGCAGAUUCAAUCCUUCAGGUUCUACGUCUUACGAAAAACAAGAUUUCAAUGGAAAUCAUAGACAUUUUCAUAAGCUAAUCAUUUCACCUGACGUGAAAUUUGAUUUUCAUAGUGAAUUGAAGGUUAUUAGGUCAACUAUGUACGAGCCCGUUCUCGAUCGAUGUGUCACUACUACAAUUAUCAAACCGAAAAGACAUUCAAUCGAUGAUGUUUGUAUUUAUGACAGCACCAACAAAAUCUCUCAGGACUCACCGCCUGAAAAACCUUCUAGGCGACAAAAUAAAUUUUCAAAACAUAUCUACUCACAGAAGGAAAAUGAAAUGUCAUCUUCUGCUAAAAUGCUAACUGCAAAUGGUGAUAAAACAACCAUCGAUAUAGAGCAGAGAAAUUUAGAUAAUACUAAAAACAAAAAAAAUGAUGCUUCCGUCCAAACCUUACAUCUUGUACCUUACCGACUGCGAUUUGUACCAGGAACAGAAUGUGAUGUAAAACUGAGUCCUUCCGAAACAAAUUGUGCUCUUAAAUUGACAUGCUGUUGUCGAAUGUUCAGUCAAUGGAUUUUAUCUCAAGUGGGAUUAAGUAUAAUUGUUUUUACGUGGGCUUUACUUGGAGCUUAUGCGUUUUAUAAAACAGAAGGUCCACGGGAGUUAGCGCAAGCCGGAAUAUUGGCGAAAAUUCAAAAAGAUCUUUCCGUAGAAUUAGCCACAGAAUUGAAGAAAAAUGAAGAUCAGCCAGAGUUGUGGUCGAGCUUAAUACAUACGUAUUUUGAAAAACACGAAAAAGUUUUCCUCGAAGCUGUCGGGGCAGGUUUUGGUGAAGGAGGAGGAGGAAAUAUAUGGACGUAUCCCGGCUGUGUUCUAUUUGCUGUAUCUUUACUCACAACGUUAGGUUUUGGUGCUCCAGUGCCACGAACGCCACUAGGAAGAGGAGUUGCAGUUUUGUUUGCAGCUAUUGGCAUUCCUCUCCACUUCCUUUUAAUUCUAAACAUGGGUAAUUUGGGUUCCAUUAGGCUCCAGCAAUUAGCAUAUCGUAACUGCCUAACAGAAGUUCCUUCAACUCCAAAACCUAAGUGGUUAAAGUUCUUCCCUCUCCUAUCCGUUGUCUGUUAUUACAUACUAGGUGUGAUUUUGUUUGGUGUUGUUAGGCAACGACAACCAAUAGACUGUCUGAUGUUCCCCUUGGAUUUCACCGCUGCAGGUGGUGUCGCAACUGUAGAGGGUAAAGUCAGAAUAUUUUACGCCCUCUACUUAGAACUGGCAAUGACUUUAGCUGCUACUAUAGUUUCCUUACUCCAAGCUUCUGCUAGUCGAGGAAUUGUCGAUAUAGGUUUAAAAUUAGGCUUACUCACCAAUACUUGAUGCUAUUUACCCUUAAGUUUUGGUGUUUGGUGUUUUAAGUUCAAAAAGGAAAUCGCACACAUAUCCAAGGAUCAAAAUACCUCGCUUGUUCGUUUUUGCACAAAAAAUUUUAUAGUCAUAUUUCAACAAGAUAUAUCACAAGUUAUAAGAAAAAAAUUAUUAAAGAACAAUAAAUAUUGUCAUUUUUAUAUUACUGUGCCUUAUUAGUUGAGGCUACCAAGGUUUUCACCUCCGCUUUCCAUAAACCUCCAUCGACAUUAAUGAAAUUUUCACAGCAUCUAGGGAAUACUUCAAGCAAAAUCUACCCUACACUGAUGUGUGCUUUUGCACUAGGGGUGAGUUCUUGGCAUUUUAGUUAUGCGCGAUUGAAAACUUGAAAUAUUGUUGAGAAAAAAAGACUUUUUUAAUUAAUUUUUCAUGAAUAACUCAAAUGCUUUUAAUUUUAUCAGAAAAAGUAUGAGAACUAAAAAUUGAGCUAAUAAAUAAACAAAGAUAUUGGUUUAUUUAAAUUUGCUUUAGGUAUAAUACAAACCAAGUUAUGAUUUAUUGAAGGUUGAAUAUUUUUAUCGAACGAAAAGUUCGUCGAAUAACGGUAAAACGGUCAACUUUUCGAGGUAAUUGCAAAUAAUCUUUUUCAAAGUACUUUUAAAAAGCUUUAAAAUGGUAGUUAGUAGAACUCUCUAGCAUAAAAACUAAGAAAGUUGUGGCCGGAAUAAAAUCGAUUUAUUCCACCCUUAACAAUAGUGCCCAAAUUGCAAUAAAAAUAUAAUCCACAGAUGAUUUACUUUAUUUUCGUACUAAUAAUGAUUUCUAGAAAUUUGAACGAUUUAGAAUGCAUGUGGGGGUGAUUUAUAAGGGAUAAAAUACAUCAAGUAGGGUUGAAAAAUUAUAAAUACUAUAUUAAAGCAUCAAACAAGUUAUAUCCAAACCUUAAAAAUAUUUUUCUACUCAUAAAAUAUAAAUAAGGGGAUAGUUUUCAUCUCUAAGAGUAAUGAACACAUAGCGGAUUAAGCUAGAUUUUGAAGAUAUGGGUAACUCGAACUUAAUUCCAAAUUUUCAUGUACAUUAAAGUAGGUUCAUGGAAAUCGCAAGUGAAUCGAUGCAAGUUCAUGGACAUCGGAGGUAAUACCUCAUUUUCACCUUUGUAGUCUGGACUAUAUGAAGCAAAAAACAAUUGAAACAACUGAUACGUAAAAUUUUGAAAAGUCAAUAUAUCACUAUUAACAUCCAAGUUGUAAUUACACUCACAGUUACACCUUCUGGAGCUUGGAUCUUUCCUUAGGUCGCUACUUCAAAUCUCAAGUUCUAUGAACCAGAUAAUGUAAUUGUACGUGUAGAACAAGUGUGUUCAGUAUAUUAUUAAUGAAUCACAGAACUUUGGUAACAUAUAUUACGUAACAUUUAAUAUAUAACAAAAACAUUGCUAAUGAGAAAGAAGUCAAAACCCGAUAUUUUUACAAAACUUAUUUAAAAGGAAAUUAAAAAAAUUAAUUUUUAUUUUUCAUUUCGGCUACUUCGACAUCACUUUCUUCAAUAAGAUCUUCUGUAUCUUGUUGCUUACCUCUAGUAGUUUUCGAUUUAUUUACCUCUUGUUUCCUAUUGUUAUUUAAAUCAAUAUUAGUAGAAUCUUUAUCGGGUGUGUUCUUACCUUCUAAAACUGAACGAAUGGCAUCUAAAAGCGCCAAUUUUUCGUUUGUCGCAAAUGUUUUAUUUCCUAUAAUUUUAAGAAGCAACAAUCAAUUUCAAUACAUUCCAAGAUAUCGUGUGUAAUGAUAUAUUUAUCACUUGUUGAGAAUAAAAUUGGAAUAAACUA